AUGGCGGCACCAACAGACACUGACGCGUCGCCGACGGGCGGUUCAAAGCAGGCACUGUCCUCGUCUUCGGAGACACCAAAAUUGGCUGCUAAGGCGCAAAGGCAGCCUCCACCAGAGACAAAAGAAAGCCUGUGGCUACGACGAUGGUCAAUUGUCUCCUUUUGGGCUGUAGUCUUGUUGCUGGGACUGCCAGUAUGGCUGAAGACUACAGCCAUCUACCGGGCAGAAUUGCCACUGCAGGAGAUGACAGACUGGGCUGAGGCAAAGGUCUGCAAGCCAGUCUUCCCUUUGCGCAUAGCUGUCGAGGCCCCGAUUCCCUCACUCGAUGCUCAGCACCUCAUUCGCACCACCCAGCAUGCUCUCGACGAUAUCAACGACUUCUCCGCACACCAUCUCCGUUUGAUGCUCGCUGAUCCGCCCUUACAACCCAAUGCCUCUCAGCAAGUAGUAAUCAGUGACGGAACAAGCAUUCCUAGCGAAGACACGGACGUUGUCCUAGUCAUCCGCCUGAUACCUGUCGAAACCGGUACCACGCCCCGUUCGCAGCUGCAGCCCUACUCUCCUACGCUGGACGUUUACUAUUCGCCCAAUCAAAUACCUUCACAGUCCUCAACCGGCUCGAGCCUGGCUACCUUUCUCGCUCAAGAGCUGCACAACAUCUUUGCUGAAGAGCAGGCCCAAUUGGCUCACGUACUCUCAACUUCCUCUCGCACACAUGCUGCCAAGAUCAAAGCCCUCUCUCCCGAAACGUCCGCUGAGCUCCAACGCCAAUCCACUCGCGCACUCAAGUAUGCUCCCACAUACCAUUUAACCUUUUCCCUCUUCAGCCCGUCAUAUGCGCCUUCGAGAUGGGAUAUUGAGACAGCGCUCGAGAAAUACAUGAGCCCCCUUCUGGAAGCUUUAUCAGCUAUUAGCAACUUCACUGUCGAUACUCAAGUCCAGCUUUAUGCUACCUACACACCCUCCAUCCGACAGCCUGAAUACGACGAAGAAAAAAAGGCGUGGACACUCCGCAAAGAAGAUCUGAGUGGAUUUGUAAACGCUGCCGAGUGGCCCCUAAGCCCCAGCAUUGGCGAGGGACCAACUGUCAAUUUCAUUCUCUACGUCCCGGACCGUGCACAAUCGCCACUAUUAGUAAAAGAGAAUGGCGGGAACAGCUGGCUUAUUCCACAAUGGGGAGGUGUCCACAUCCUUAACCUAGAAGGGAAGUCAGAUACGCCACCCGAGCUUACUGCAGAAAUGCUUGCACCCGCCAUGCACACCUUUUCAAAUCAGCUCAUCUCACUAUUCGGACUGCCCCAAAGCCCAGCAUCGUUACCUUUGCGCAUAUCAACCCUGGAACGCGUGCGAGCCGCCUCACUCAUUUUCUCUGCUUCCUCUACCUUGGGCGCCUUGGCUCAGGUGUAUCAGAAGCUCCCAUCUAUCCCAGUUCCUGACAAUGUAGCCCAGUCUACACAUCGCACUAUCGCGAAUCUACAUCAAGCUUGCGACUAUCUUCGAGAUGGUCGGUUUCCCAGUGCGUUAGAACACGCCCGGACUGCAGAGGUAGAGGCUGAAAAAGCUUUCUUUGAACGCUCCAUGGUUGGCCAAGUGUACUUUCCAGAUGAGCACAAGGUCGCCGUGUAUCUACCUUUGCUAGGCCCUAUCACAGUUCCUCUCGUCAUGGCUGCGCUGAAGGAAUUGAAAUCCGCAUUGAAGCGAGCCUGA